AUGCUUGGGAAUAUUAAACGGUCAGUUUUCAAAACGGGAUAUACAAUUAUUCGACAAUAUCAACAGUUUAAAAAUUGUACGCAAUAUGAGAAAAAUAAAUAUGAUGGAUAUUGGAAUUUAAUAUUAGAACAACCUAAAUCGAUAUCGAAUGAUCUAUAUAAUUAUGAUGAUAUAGUUAGUAUAGCUAUUGAACCAACCACUAUUCAAGAAGAUAAAUCUUUAUAUACUAUUGAUGGAGAAAAAAUACCUCAAAAACCUGAAUUUCCUAAUAAUUGUUGUAUGAGCGGAUGUGCUCAUUGUGAAUGGAAAGAUAAAUUAAAUAAUAUAAAAGAAAGAUUACUAAAAGAAAAAAAACCAUUACCUGAUAUUUUUAUACAACUUUUAGAAUCUAAUAAAAAUAACAUUGAUCCUGGAAUAAAAGCUUUUUUGGAAUUAGAAAAAUCAUUAAAUCAAAAAUCUUGA